AUGGCUGCUAAAGAAGUGGUUGUGUUUGCUGUUUUGAUCGGCUUGGCCCUGGUUUUCCUUUUGUGUCUCGUCAUGCUCAUUUGCGUUUGCAAAACGUACUUCAAGAAGUGCAGGCAGCCGGUUGAGCCCGCGAGUGGCACUGCUCCUGCCCUGGAAGCAGGGGACUUUCGACUUCACCCGAAUAUUGAGCAAAUUCUAAUGCGUGACUUGCUAAUGGACUCGUGCGAGUGCGAGUCGCAGUGUCUGGCCAUCCUCAGGUCGUGCCACCGGGUGACUGAAAUGCUGGCCGCCAUCGCCGUCAGCCUCGUGCACAAGCAGCACAAACUGCGAAAGGUGGCCGAGGUAGCGAGACAAACAUCAGACAGGGUGGAUGACCUGGUGCGAAGCAUGCGUCCACCCGUGGACAGCCGGCUGCUGGAGGCCAGGGCGUCGAUUUUGGUGCUCACCGUGUCCCACCUGGCCACCCUGAUGCGCUUCGCCUACAAGCACAACCAGUCUGUCACCAGGGACAUCGAGAGGGAGCUCGCCUCCGUCGACCCUUUUCUUCAGGAGCUGCGUACUGCCGCGAGAAGAAAGAACUCGGCCACUCUUCUUACGGGUGAUUUAAAUGUGUCAUCGCCCUCAAGCUGA